AUGGGCUCCUUGGCCUCUCCUGGCCCCACUUCAGUGCCCGGACCUCGAGCAGAGACGGUGGUGGAGGGGGCUUGGGGGAUCGUGGGUCCCAGCCUGCUUCAGCCUUCUGGACAGAGAGGACAGGGGAGCGCCCUGAGGCUGGCAGACGCUGGGGACCCGCCUGGGUCUGAGAAGGAAAGCCCGACCUCACCAAGUGGGAUCUAUGAGGCGGCCCAGUCCCGAGGGCAGCGCCAGGCUCCGAGCUGGUGGGUGCCAGCCUUGCAGCUCGCCGCCCAGAGAGGGAGGGCCGGGGCAUCCUUCCACGGACCGCGGACGGAUGGGAGCUGA